GACCGGCACCGGGAACAUGGCGGACGCGGUGAACGUGGGAGUGAACCUGGACGCUUUCUCUCACGCGAUCAGCGGGAUUCAGGCGCUGCGCUCGAGCGUGAGCCGCGUGUUCGAGUCUCUGAAGGAUGGAAUGAAAAACCGCGAGACUCUGGAAGGGCGCGAGAAAGUGUUCAUUGCCCGCUUCCAGGAUCACCUGCAGGCCGUUAACCGGGACCUCAAUGAGUUGGAGCGUCUCAGUGGUUUGGUCGGUCGUCCUUCAGAGUCUCAUCCUCUUCAUAACAGCGGUCUGCUGAGUUUGGAUCCGGUUCAGGAUAAAACUCCUCUUUACUCGCAGCUGCUGCAGGCCUACAAGUGGUCCAACAAGUUACAGUACCACGCAGGUCUUGCUUCUAGUUUGUUGAACCAGCAGUCACUCAAGCGAUCGGCCAAUCAGAUGGGAGCUUCAGCCAAGAGACGCCCCAAAGUCCAACCCAGUACCCUGGUACUUCCUCCCCAGUACGUGGAUGAUGUCAUCUCUCGGAUCGGCAGGAUGUUUCCUGAUAUGACGAUCGAACUGUUCAGACCCAACGGGACCUCAGCUGUUCUGCUG